AUGAGCCCAUUGGCCGGCGGCCACACCUGGAAGAUCUGCUGCUACCUGGACGGGGCGCACAAGGAGGACGCCGGCUUCAUCUCGCUGUACCUGUCCCUCGCCGACCCCGGGACGAGCGCCGCCGUCCAUGCCGAUGUCGAGUUCGAGCUGGUCGACCAAUGGCCGCUGCUGCCGCUCUGGUGCCGGCACCGGAAGCGCUUGCAGGUUUCCCCCUUCCAGCCGGGCAAGUCCUGGGGCUUCCCCAGGUUCAUCGGCGCCGGUGCCCUCGAAGGCGGCGGCUCCAGGUCCCUGAAGGGCGACUGCUUCGCCAUCCGGUGCAAGGUCACCGUCGUCGAGGAGCAGGGCGCCAAGGAGGAGGAGGUGCAGGCGGAGGACAUGGAGAGGAUAGGUGUGGUCUGCCUGUGCAUGGACGGCUCGUGCAGCAAGCUCCACAGCGCGAGGCCGGCCCAGACCUUCCCCGAGGGAAAAAAAAUUAGGUACAGCAGGGCUGUAAACCUGUGCCCUUACAGUCCCAUUGAAGCGCAUCUAGGCCGAUAG